GUCAUCCCCUCCGGCGCGCUCCCGGGAAGCGCGAUCCCGCUGCCGCUGUCGGCAGCAAAACAAACCGGGGCCGGAAGCGGGAGAGUGAGGAUUACUGUUUCCAUUUAGAAGAUGAGUCAUACCCGUGGACGUAGUUUUGUUGAGGUUAUUUGUGAGAAGUACAGCCCAGAAAACUUCCCAUAUCGACGAGGAAUGGGCAUUGGCAUCCAUAUCUCUGCAGGGCCACAGGGCUCACCCUUGAAAGCACGUCUGAAUCUCCCAACUAUACUUGUGCUGGAUGGUUGUGGUAUUACCACAGCUGGAAGGGAAAGUGAUAUUGCUGCCUUCUGCUCGCAUGUCUCUGAACUCGACCUGUCUGAUAACAAUCUACAAGACUGGUACGAGAUCAGUAAAAUUGUGUCAAAUCUCGCUAAGCUGACAUUUCUGAACCUCACCUCGAAUCCUCUGACCGAGGCCAGCUUAGACUCGACUUGUGCUGCCUCAUUCUCCCGAAUACAGAGACUCGUCCUCAACAACACUAAGGUUUCAUGGGAAACUAUUCACACUUUGCUGCAGGAAUUACUAGGGUUAGAGGAGCUCUUCCUAUGUUUUAAUGACUACAAGGCAGUAUCACUGUCGCCCUGCUCCUACCCAUCACUUCGACUCCUACAUAUCACUGAUAAUAAUCUUACUGACUGGGCAGAGGUACACAAACUUGGACAAAUGUUCCCAGGUCUGGACACAUUAAUCCUGGCGAACAACAGCCUCAUCGGCAUCACAGAUUCUCAGGGAACUCUGGCACGACUUUUCCAAAACCUACGAUCAAUUAAUCUUCAUAACUCAGGACUAAGCUCAUGGGAUGACAUUGAUAAACUCAAAGCAUUUCCUAAGCUGGAAGAAGUGAGGCUUCUAGGAAUUCCCUUACUGCAGAGUUAUUCUGAGGAGGAGCGACGCAAGCUCGUCAUAGCUAGGUUGCCAUCUGUUACACUGUUAAAUGGCAGUAAAGUUGCAGGAGAGAGGAUAGAUGCUGAACGAUUUUUCAUACGUUACCAUAUAAAUCACCCAGAUGAAGAAUUACCAGACAGAUACCAUGAACUGGUAACACAAUAUGGUGUUCUGGAACCAUUGGCAGUGGUUGACCUUCGACCCCAGAGCCGUGUUAAGGUUGAAGUUCACUUUGAAGGUAAAGUUGAGGUCAUGAAUAUUCGUCUCGAUCAGACAGUGGCUGAUCUGAAGAAGCAACUUCGAACUGUUGUACAGUUACCAGUCAAUAACAUGCGCCUGUACUACAUUGAUCAAGACAUGGUAAAGGCUUUUGGGCCAGAAGAAAUGAAAUUCAGCACACGUGCUCUUCACUCGUUUAGUAUUCGAGAUGGAGAUGAGAUUCAUGUAGAACCCAAAACAAAAUAGUCUUGCGAAUUUACUCUCAAUCUUUGCACUUUUUACACAAGUAUUUUGUUUGUUAAUGAAAGUGUUGCUGGGUCACAUGCGCUUUCACAACUGUAACUGUUAAGGGGUUAGUGAUCCAAUGCAUAGGUACUGAUUAUUGCUGAAGCUGAUUCACAAAAAAGAUCAAAGUUCCUACCAUUAAUGAAGAAAGUUUCUAUGAAAGACACAGAAACUAUACAAGGGGACCCUGUAAUAACAGACCCCAAGAUUACCAUCCCUUUGGUCAGUAGAGGCAUGUGCUGUGAUGUGAUUAUUGAAACCAGCACUGUGAAGGACCAUAAAAUACUGUGCAGUGUAUAACAUGAAGGAUCACCAUUGUGUGAGGUUACGGCCUGUAUAACACUUUAACUAUCAAUCACAACUUUUGAGAACAUGUCAGUAUCAUGCAAUACAAUUGGAAUUUUAAUGUUUGCUUAUUGUAAACAUACCUACAGAUGUUAGAAAGAUGGGUUAAGAAACAGAACAAAAUUGUUCUUCCUCAUAGUUAAAUCAGAUAUGAUCAUGUCAUCAAUAUAUGAAAUAGUUACCUAAAAGUUAAGCCACUUAUUAGUUUCACUCAGAUCAACCCCAAUCUGUCAUCAGAAAUGUAGGAAAGCUGUUAAUAUCCUUCCUUCAAAGCAGAUUUUUAGAUAGAUGGCUGCAUUAUUUAUUUCAACAGAUGUUCAAAAUUUUCAAGAAAAUUAGAUAUACACUUAUAAAGGAAAUAUUUGCGGGCUAUGGGUUAAGAGCAAGGGAGUGGAACUAAUUGGCCAGCUCUUUCAAGAGUUGGCAUGGGAACAAUGGGUCCUCUUGUGCUGUAUCAUUUUAUGACUUUAAUAUUGCAAAAAUGUGAAUGAAAAUGAUUUCUGAAUCAAUGGCAAUUCAUUUUAGCAGAAUCCAUUCCUUAGGACUUAACAGUAUAUGAUUGAGCGUUUAUUCAGAGUAGGCAGUCAAUAUUAAACUGCACAGUUAGCACCUUGGACAUAAUGCCACAUAAUGAAUAUAUAUAGACCCCCUGGCCACAGUGCUAUACAAACUGCAUAUACACUACAACAAUAGUUAUAAGUUGUUAACGUGCAAUAUGUGGUUUCUGCAUUGCAUUCAGUGUGUUGACUGUGCAAUAUACACAUAAAACAUUUAAUAUGGGCAGUAAUAUAUUGAAUGAUUCAAAUUGUCUCAUAAAGGGCAAGAGCAAGCCUCAAAUGUUUUCUCACCACUGUUUUCAACCAGAUGCUAAAAACUAGGGAAGCGCUCCAAGUUUCAUUAGUCCAUUUAAUGUUGUAUUUUGUUACUUGCAAAAGCGUUUAAUGUAUUGUUCAUAAAUAUAAUAAUCAUGUUGGUAACAGCCAUUUUUAACUGUGGUGAUUUUAAUGACUGAUGGUGUGAACCCAGGUUCUUAUCAUUUGAUUGAGAGUGAUUGUUGUGUAGAUAAUCACAUCUCAGGAUUCAUUUUCUCCCAUGGUUUAUAAUGCUGUCCUUGGCUUAUUUGGAGAGAUAUGCUGCAAUAUACCCCUAUCACUGUUCGUCAAAUAAUGGAAUUUAAUCUGCUGUCUGUUGUAAUGGAAGGAACUGAAAUGUGUUCUGGAGCAAAGCUCAUGUGGAAUCCUAAGCAAGCCUUAAGAUUUAAAGGUACAGUGUUCCUCAUUGCUUGUCCCUUAUACAGAUAGGCAGAAUAUGCCGAAAGAAAAUGGCACCUAAGGUGGCUAAUCAACAUUUGACUGCAGUUUGCAAGAAAUUUGACCCAAGUAGAAUAAUGUAUUCCACAUCCUCCUCCUCCUCCUCAAGGUAACAUACCCUAAGAGGGUAUUGGUGACCAUGGACUUCAAUUGGAUUGGUUCAUGAUUAUGCUUGCCAAAGUACUACAGUGGUUUGCUGUUGCCUUCUGCAGCAUGGCUGACCAGUAAACUGUCCCGGGCUUUACAGCCUCCCAUCAGAUAUAAUGGAAGAAUUUACAGGCUGAUCUCUACCCGUUUGGCAAUAGUAUGAAAGCAGCAUCGAGUCCUGAAGUGUUACUUGAACCCAGAGUUCCUGGCCCAGAUGUAGGGAUGCUACCCACCGCUACCCACAAAGACCUCCUCACCCUGUCCACAUACCUACGCACAUUGAACUAGGAUUUAUUUGUAACCCUGUUGAUUGAACAAUAUUGAAAUCAGGAACCUGGUUUAUUUAGUUAUGGCCUUGUCCCCAGAAUGAUAUUCGAAAUUAAUUCAUAUGAAAUAUUUUGGGACUCAAGGUGACUUGGUCUGUAGACUCAGAUUGCCUUCGUGCAAAUUAAAAUGUUGUGGAUUUUUGUUCUGGUGCAAUGAUGUCACUGGAUAUGGGAGGGGGUAUUUAAAAAAAACUCAUGAGAAAUGUACAGCAAGCAACUAAUACUGAAUUGGCAAAGAUCAAGGCUGCAUCCACCUAUCUCCAAUCAGUAGUUACAGUAUUGGAUCAUAGCAGGGAGCUGACUCCCAGCCAGCCAGUUGUGCUGUUUCAUCUGCUUGUAUACUUCUGAGCAACCACUUUUAAUGUAUUGAAAGUGAGGGUCUGCACUUCCAAAGCAUUUUUAAAACACUUAGCGUUCUGGAGAUUUAUACACCCAUGAAUACUUUUCCAGUUAGACUCUGUACAGAGUCCAGUAACAUGAGACUGUCUCCCUCACAUCCUUAAUCCAGUCAGGACCACCUAGUUGCAUGGUGUUACUACUGAGUGCAGCCUCUCACACCAGCUAGCCAGGUAAAAUUCAGUUUACUUGUUGCUUGCAGAAUGUUAAGGGAGCUGACCGGGCAAAAGAUCAGCCAGCUUGUAAGCAGCUUCUGUUUUUUUUUUUCCUAUCACUAGUAGCAUGAGAUGAAAUGUAAAUGUCAGAAUUUGCAAUUUCUUUUACUGUGUAAAAUUUAUGUUUUUUGCUUGUGGCCUCUCCUUCCUCAUUGAUGUUACUACUUUAAAAUGGAUGCCCUGAUUCUGGAAGUAGUAAUGACCAUACCACAUGUGCCCUUCCUCCUGUGCUGUAGCCACUCUAUGAUUCUAUAGCACCUCUUCCGGAUUUCCUUUAUUGCUUUCACCAUUGCUGUAUUUCAUCACUGGUCUCAGUAUUUUAUGUUGUCUGAUGUCAUUCUAGAACCUGCAUGUUAAUUGAGCUUAACUUAUUCUGUACCGGAAACAUUAAUCUAAAGCUUUCCCUUAAUGAAUUAUUGAGUCAGUCUCUCAACUAUCUGCAUGUAAAUCAGUUUAAUUUUAGUAAGGAAGUGAGCAUAAUGCAAUCUUAAUUAUUGACUGAAAAAUUAUAGAAAAUAUUUUAAGUACUGUACAGUUUAAUGAAUUAUCAAUAAAAAGUUCAAUUUCAA